AUGACUAGAAUAAGGCAUAUAUUUAUAUUAUUAAUAUUUCCUUUCCUAAUAUCGACAGCAGAUAUUCAAUCUUCAGGAUAUACGGGAAAAUUUUUAGAAACAGAUGAAAAUUUUCCAUGUCGAUCGUUACCAGCAGAUAAUUAUACAUGUUCAGCAUGUAUUCAAUUUCAUGAAUCAUGUGCAUGGUGUUCUUAUGAAAAUUUUGAUGAUAAUAAUCAAUACCCCAGAUGUGAUAAUGUUAAAAGACUUGAAGAACAUGGUUGUCCAACAAAUUCAAUAGAAUUUCCUCAAAAAUCUUUUGAAGUUAUUGAAGAUGAACCAUUGUCAGAUUCUAGGCAUAUUGAUGAUGAACAUCAAGAUGAGGCUAUUCAAUUAAAACCACAAGAGGUUGAUGUUGUAAUUAGACCAACAUCAAAAGUAAGAUUUGAAGUUACCUAUAAACAAGCAUUAGAUUAUCCUGUUGAUUUAUAUUAUUUGAUGGAUUUGUCUUAUUCUAUGAAAGAUGAUAAACAGAAAUUAUCAGAAUUAGGAGAUCUUCUUGCAGGAAGAAUGAGAAAUAUAACAAAAAAUUUUAGACUUGGUUUUGGUAGUUUUAUUGAUAAAAAAUUAAUGCCAUUUGUUGAUCCAAGACCAGAAAAACAAUUAUCACCCUGUGCUGAACCUUGUGCUGAACCAUAUGGAUUUAAAAAUCAAAUGAGAUUAACACAAAAUACUCAUAGAUUUUCUAAAGAAGUUCAAGAAGCUCAGAUAUCUGGUAAUCUUGAUGCUCCUGAAGGUGGUUUUGAUGCUGUUAUGCAAACAUUAGCCUGUAACAAAAGUAUUGGAUGGAGAGAAAGAGCUCGUAAAAUGAUAGUCUUCUCAACUGAUGCUGGUUUCCAUUAUGCUGGUGAUGGUAGAUUAGCUGGUGUUGUAACUCCAAAUGAUGGUCAAUGUCAUCUCGAUGAUAAUGGUUAUUAUACAAAAAGUUUAGAACAAGACUAUCCAAGUAUAGCUUUACUUCAUCAAAAAAUGAAGGAAAAAAAAGUCAACAUGAUAUUUGCUGUAACAGAAAAUCAUAAACAUCUUUAUAAACAACUUUCUGAUGCCUUACCUGAUAUCUCAUCAUCUGUAGGUGUUCUUGCUGAUGAUUCUAGUAAUAUUGUUCAAUUAAUUGAAGAAGAAUAUAAUAAAAUCAGUGAAAAAAUUAUUAUGGUUGAUAAUGUUAAUGCAUCAAGUGGUUUAAAAAUUAGUUAUAAAUCUAGAUGUCUUAAUGGUGGACCUUUAAUUGAUACAAAUGUAUGUGAUAAUAUUAAAGUUGGUGAUGAAGUUACCUUUGAAGUAACUUUAGAAGCUGUACAUUGUGUUGAUCAAAGAGAUUUUGAACUUCUUAUUGGACCUUCUGGUUUAGAAGAUACCUUAAAGGUUAAUGUUAAAGUUUUAUGUGACUGUGAUUGUGAAUCAACAAUUGAGUCAAGAUCAUCACAUUGUGGUGGUAAAGGAAAUUUAGUUUGUGGUAUUUGUGAUUGUAUUGAUGGGUACACAGGAAAGAAUUGUCAAUGUGAUGCUGGAGAUUUAUCCUCAGUUGCCUUAGAAGCUAAAUGUAAAAAAACAAAUGAUUCACUACCAUGUGAGGGUAGAGGACAAUGUAUUUGUGGUCAAUGUCAAUGUUACACUAGAAGUAAUCCUGAUGAAAUAAUCAGUGGACCAUUUUGUGAAUGUGAUAAUUUCAAUUGUCCAAGACACAAUAGAAUUCUUUGUAAUGGACAUAGAUGUGAUUGUGGUGUUUGUACUUGUGCACCAGGAUGGACUGGUAGAGCAUGUGAAUGUCCAAUUGGAGUAGAUCAAUGUUUAUCAGAAAAUGGUAAAGUUUGUAAUGAUCAUGGUACAUGUAUUUGUGGAAAAUGUCAAUGUGAUGAAUCAUAUUCAGGACCAAAAUGUGAAAUAUGUCCUACCUGUCCCACAAAAUGUGUUGAAUAUAAACCUUGUGUUAUGUGUCAACAAUGGGGAACUGGACCAUAUAACCAAACAAAAUGUGAUGAAUGUCCAUUUACAGUUAUUCCGGUUAAAGAAUUACCAACACUUAAUUUAACAGAAACAGAAGGACAAGAAUGCCAAUUUGUUGAUCCAGCAGAUGAUUGUACAUUUUAUUUCCUCUAUUAUACAGAUGGUAAAGAUAAUUUAACAGUUUGGGUUAAAGAAAUUAAAGAUUGCCCUGCUCCAUUCCCUGUUUUAGUUGUUGUUUUGGCUGUCAUUGCAGCUAUUGUUCUUCUUGGUUUAAUACUUUUGUUCCUUUGGAAAUUAAUUACACUAAUCCAUGAUCGUCGUGAAUUUGCCAAAUUUGAACAGGAACGCCUUGCUGCUAGGUGGACAACAAAUGAAAAUCCUAUCUAUAAACAAGCAACGACGACCUUUAAAAAUCCUGUCUACUCGGGGUCUGAAAAAAGUAAAUUGUUAUAG